CAUUUUUAUAGUAGAUACUAACUAUAGUAAGCAGAUGGUGACAACGUCUUGCCAGAGAGGUACAGCGACACUGCGAUAAUCCGAACCAGGAAGGUGCCCGCUGAGAUUAUCCUUACCAUCCAAUGUCAGACUCUCCUCCAAACCCGCAGACUUCAUGACCAGUGAAGACCCAUCUGCCUCGUCUUCUAUGGAGCCUGACCAGGAUAUUGAUCAGUGGUUGGCAAGUUUGAACCUGCCCCAGUAUGCCUCCAGCUUCACUCGGGCUGGCUACCACUGCCUUAAGGACCUCAGUUGUCUAACCAAGGAGAAGCUUCUUGAGGUGGACCAUAUCCCCACUGGACACCAACGGAGGAUCCUAAGCAGCCUGGAGACCCUGAUGGUGGAAGCCGAUGGAGGUAAGGGUUUAGAUAAGAUUCCAGUGAGGAGAAAACCAAUCCCAAGACCUAGACAGUUAUUUCCCAAGGAUAAGCAGAGAGGAACAUCUUCCCAGCAUCCUCAGGGCAGUAACAUCCAGAUGGAAAGGCAAACACUUUCUGCAAAGACUUGUAAGGGUUUGGAGACUGCUGCUGACAUAGAGCAGAUGGCCGUUGGUUCAGCUACAUACACUCUUCCUCACACACUGUCUAGUGAUGCAUGUCAAGCUGCUUCCUCCAGCUCUAGCUCUGCCUCUGAGCACAGCAACAAUGAAUCAUCGGAGAACGUAUCAGACGAGCCCUCCUGCUAUGGCGCAGAAAAUAUUAAAGAUGAAAAUUAUUAUUUUCCUUCAGAAGGACCACCUGUAGGUUUUCAGGGAGAUAUGAUUGAAAAUGAAAUAUAUGAGGAAUGCCAAAUGGUUAAGGAACCUUCAGACGCAAGGCCCACACGUUCCUUUAAGCUACGACACAGGCCUGUUCCAGAGAUCCCUGAACAUAGCUUCAUACCACCUUAUGACUGGAGCAUGGCAGUGAACAGCACUGACCGUCUCAUAAGAUCUGAGGAACCGACUUGCCCCACAACCAUUCAGAAAGCGUCACCUAUAAAGAACUUGCCCUCCAUUGACCCCUAUGGAGAGCUUUUCCUGUACAAUACAGCAGAAAACAAACUGGAUUUGGGCAAAGAUGUAAUGACCACUCAAGGAAUAAAAGAGAACCUGGAACAACGGAAGAAGAGGAAGAAGCAGAAAAGAUCCAAAGAAAAACUGAACAGUAACAACAAGCAAGAUUUUUCCAAGCAACAUUACGUUGAUGAUGAUAGUGAUUACUCCACUGUCCAAGCAUCAACGCCCAGUCAGAAAUCAACCAAUAAAAACUCCUCAAAACAACCUGAACCCUCUAUGCUUCUUUCCAUCACUGGACCAUCAUCUGUAGCCCAGCUACAAAGAGAUGACAAUGACCUAUACAGUGUGCCAUUGGAUGACUUGGCAGACCUAGUUAGACCAACUCUUCCUCCUGAUAGAGAAGGUUCCAUUUCCCCCUACGCCUGCUUUUAUGGGGCCCCUAAGACUAAUACUAAAGCAGGCUGGCUGGACAAACUGUCCCCUCAAGGGAACUGUGUCUUCCAGAGAAGAUAUGUGAAGCUUGAAAGAGGAAAUCUCACUUACUUCAACAGCGAUAAGGAGAUGUACUCAAAAGGCCUUAUUCCAAUUUCAGCAAUUAAACAAGUUCGAGCUCUGGGUGAGAAUAAGUUCGAUGUGGUCACCUCUGUAAGAACCUUUGUGUUUCGGGCAGAGAAAGAAGGAGAACGUCAGGAUUGGCUGGAGGUUCUUCAGUUUGCUGUGAACUCCCAGUCCUCAAUUUCCCAUCAGCCUCGCAAAAAUAACACAAUCAAGAGCAGCUACGUUGAGCUGCGUGGCCUCAAAGGAAGAGUCUACCUCAGCCUCGUGGGAACCAUCUUCAGGCUCUGCAAAACAGACCAGGACUUCAAUGCUGGACUGGCCAUUGCUGAGGUGGACUUGACUGCUGCAUGUGUAAAACAGGUUGAGAGGAAGGGCUUUGAGAUCACUACACCUUUCAAAUCCUUCUGUUUCACAGCGGAGUCAGAACGUGAGAGAGAGGAAUGGAUAGAGGCAGUUCAGGAGUCCAUUGUAGAGGCGUUGUCCAAUUACGAGGUGCUGGAGAAGGUUUGGUUCAACAAGUCUAACAGGAAGUGCGCUGACUGUCAGGCUCCUGAGCCAGAAUGGGCUUCAGUUAACCUCAGUGUGGUCAUCUGCAAAAAUUGUUCAGGUCAGCAUCGGUUCUUGGGCCCUGGUAUCUCAAAAGUUCGCAGUAUGAAGUUAGACAGCAGCAUAUGGACCAAUGAACUUAUUGAGCUGUUUCUAGAGGUUGGGAAUAAAAAUUCAAACAGCUUCUGGGCAGCAAAUCUUCCCCCAGAGGAAGAGCUUUGCAAGCAGCCAUCGUCAGAGCAGCGGGCACUCUUUAUUCGCAGGAAGUACAAGGAGAGGAAGUACAAGAAAGUUCUGGAAGGUCUAAACACCCAGGAGGAACUCAACAAGGCCCUCUGUGCUGCGGUUGUUCUGCCUAAUGUCCUGCAGACCAUGGCCCUGGUUUUCAGUGGGGCAGACGUAAUGUGUGCGACGGGUGACCCUGAGCACUCCACUCCAUACCUGCUGGCUCAGAAAGCAGGCCAGAGACUGCAGAUGGAGUUCCUCUACCAUAAUAAGCUCUCAGAUUUUCCUAAGCUGGAGGCAGCAUUUGACAGUAGUUUUCCAGCCGCUGUUUAUUCUUUCAUGGAUGGAUUUCUCUAUUGCUCUGUGAAUACAGGCAAGAACACUCUGGACAGGAAAGGAAGACCUGACAUGGCUCGCUGUUGGUGUACUUUGGAAGGUGGGUUUCUCAGUUACUAUGACAACGAGAAAAUUGCCACACCCAUCAGUCGGGUUGACGUCAGUGAUGUGGCGAGCCUGACCAUCAACAACACUGAGAACAUCACAGAUACAGGGCCAAUGUUCACCUUUGAGUUGUACCUGCAGUCGCAGAAGGUGCUGGUGUUUGGAGCGGAGACCUUGGACACACAAACAGAUUGGACACGUGCUAUCGCCAAGUGUUUUGUCCCCACAAGGGCAGAUGCUCUGCUGAAGCAGGAUAGUGAUCUUAUUGGCCGGUUGUACUAUAAAGAGGGUCACGACCUUUAUCAUUGGCGAAUGGGAUGGUUCGCUCUGGUGGGUUCAGAGCUGCACUUCUGCUCUGGAGAUGAAGAUGAAGAGGAGGGAGAAGUUCAAUUGAAACGCCUGCAGGAGCUCACUGUGUCCACUCAUAUGGAGGGUGAUGAGAAAAUUCAGGUCUUACUUAUGGUUGAGAGUGGAAGAACCAUUUAUGUUCAUGGCAUAACCAAGCAGGACUUUACACUGUGGCACUCUGCCAUCCAGUUGGCAGCGAAGACAGACGGUACAGCUCUUGGUAAUCAGCAAAUGAAAAAAAAUGACGUCCCUAUCAUCGUGGAUAGCUGCAUAGCUUUCGUAACCCAAUACGGUUUGUGUUGCAAGGAAAUCUACCAGAAGAGUGGUGACCAGGGGCGUGUUGCCCAGCUCUUGGAGGAGUUUACUAAGGAUGCCCGAGUUGUUAAGCUGCGGGUGCAAGACCACCGACUAGAGGAUGUCACAGACACACUCAAGAGCUUUCUGUCCCACAGUGAUGAUGCACUAUUGGCUAAAGAGCUUUACCCAUUCUGGAUUUCUACUCUUGAUGAAGAGGAUGAGAAGGUCAGAGUGCAGAAAUAUUCAUCCUACAUCCAGAGUUUACCCAAGGUCAACAGGUCAACCCUUGGUGCCUUACUACAACAUUUGUACAGGAUCCAGAGGUGUUCACACAUUAACCAGAUGAGCACACAGAAGUUAGCAUGUGCGUUCUCCUCAUGUCUCUUUCAAACAGAUGGACACACGGCUCAGGAGACUCGAGUGGUUGAGGAUCUUAUCAACAAUUACAUCCAGAUCUUUUCUGUCAAUGAAGAGCAGGUUAGGCAAAUGGAGAAAGAAAACAGCUUUAUCACCAGGUGGAAGGACACCACAUUCUCUCCCGCUGGUGACCUGAUAUUUGAAGUCUAUUUGGAAAAAAAGCAGCCCGAAAAGUGCUGUUUAAUCAAGGUUUCUCCUAAUAUGCGGUCAGAUGAGCUUGCCAUUAGCACUUUGGAGAUGAAGGGCAUGGAGGUGGAGGUCAAAGACCUCUGGACCACCUUUGAGGUCAUUGAGAAUGGAGAGCUAGAGCGUCCCUUACACUACAAAGAGAAGAUUCUGGAGCAGGUACUGGAGUGGAGUUCCCUGGAGGAUCCCAGCUCGGCCUUCCUGCUCAUUAAAAAAUAUUCCGGCUCUAAAAUGACAGAUACCAACUCAGAUAAACUGAAAGAUUUCAUUAAAGGAGAGCAACUCAAGUUCAAAGACGGCUCCUCCAAAUUGUUAUCAGGGAAUAAAUUUCAGGACAGAUACCUGGUACUACAGGACAAAAAACUGCUGUUAUACAAAGACAUAAAAAGUACUAAACCAGAAAGAGAGGCUCUGUUAAAGUCUGUUAAAUGUUACUUUGGGCUUCGAAGAAAGUUGAAGCCAACAAGCAGUUGGGGAUUUACAGUUUAUACUGAAAAGCAGCCGUGGUAUUUCUGCUGUAAAGGGAAUGAUUCUCAGCAAGACUGGGUCACCUCCAUUAUCAGAGUGAAGCAUGAAGGUGACUUGUGGCCUAAAGACCUAAAGCAGAGCGCAUCAUUACCUUACAACCUUAGCAGAGGGAGAACAUCCACUUACAGCACAACUCAGACCACCAAAGCUAAAACCAGAGAGGUUAAAGGGAAGUCAGUCAUUAGUACAAGUAUUGAGGGUUCCAAUACACAAAACAAAAUCACCACCAACGAGGGCAACCAGCUGGACUCGAUAUAUAAAUUGGAUGGCAGUGAAGAAACUCAGUGUGACUCCAGGCUUGAAAUGGUGAUUGAUGACACACUUCAAUCUCAGCGAAGAGCAUCUCUUCAACAAGACACCAGUGCUCUCACCCCACUAUCACAGAGGAAAGCUAUGUUGCCCAACAGAGGAGUGCAGUUGCCACAAAACCUCAUUAAUGAACUAAGUGCCGUCCUUAACAAAAAAGGAUGCUGUCCAAAAGGACACAAUUAAGAGAGAGUGACAAAGACAGAAAGACUGAAGUCUUGUCCAUUGCACUUCUAAUAUGCACAGAGAGGAUCAGUAAGGCAUGAGAACUGUAUAACAAAGAAACCAAAAACAGUAAAAUUGUUGGAUUUGAAUUUUAUGUACUUUGUGGAACUGCCAAAUAAAGUAUUUUAUGAUAUCCUAUUUCUAAAAAAGCUUAGACUUACUACUCUUAGAUAGCGUGUGUAAGAUGUGGCAUGAACGCAGAUAAAUCAGUAAAUUGCCUGGUAGGUCAAACAUCAGAUCAGUAAAGAAUUUAUAUAUAUGUACAACUGCUACUGUUUGGUGGAAUUAUCACUUAAAGCCAUAUUCCCUUUAUUAAUAAAAAAGUAAUUUUGUAUUAGUUAACCCUCCUAUUGCAUUCAGAAUCUGCAUACGCCUUUUGCUUUUCUGGGUCAAUUUUGACCCGGUGGAAUUAAAGUUUUUAAAUCAUUCAUAACCCGACGGUUUUCAUCUAAAUCUUCUUAACUGAAAUUCUUAAAGUUCUUAACUGUUCAUACAUGUACAAAUGUAUGAUUGAUUUGUUUGGCAUAUUAACUGACAAAUAUAAAAGUUAUUAUUCAAUAUGCAAUUUUUUUAAAUAAUAAAAUGUAGAAAUUCGUUGACAUUUGAAUUAUACAUUUAAUAUACAAGCACAAUCACUGUGAUACAUGUUGUGGCCAUUCCCAUGUUACUGCCAUGGCUCUCGGUCAUAGAGGCCUUUCCCUGUCGCUGCCUACACGCCCAGCCAUGGAGGCCUUUCCCCUGCCACUGCCAGCGUUCCCUGCCACGGAGGUCGAUACCCUGCCGCUGCCAUUGCUUCUGGCCAUGGAGACGGUGCCUAUGCCGCUGCCGGCACUUCUGGCCAUAGGGGCCGUUCCACUGCCACUGCCGGAGCUUCUAGCCACAGAACCCGUUCCCCUGCCAUUGCAGCAUUUCCUCUGUCCUGCUGCCACUGCCCAGUCUGACCCUCGUCUUGCGACCGCUGCCAAGUCUGACCCCUUGAUCGCAGCUGCCACCCAACCUGUCCUGCCCCAGUGGCUGCUGCUCAGUCUGUUCACUCCACAGCUACCAUCGCUCAGCAAGUCCUAACUUCAGCUGGUUCCACUCAACCAUUCCAGUCCCCAGCGACUGCUGCUCAGCUUGUCCAGUCCCCAGCGGUCAACGCUCAGCCUGUCCAGUCCCUAGCGGUCGCCACCUCAGCCUGUCCAGUACCCAGCGGUCGCCGCUUAGCCAGUCCAGUUCCCAGCAGUUGCCGACACCGCUGCCCAGUUUGACCUCUGCCCUGCGGCCAUACCUGGAGCUGGCCACCUGAACCUGCCCUUUCCUGGAGCCACCAUCCUGGUUUCCCUCACCCUUCUUCCUUUGGCUAGAACUACCAGCUCCACUCUGGUCUGUCCCGCUGGCACCAACCAGAUCUGUCUACUGCCCUCCUGCUCCGCUGGCCUACCUCUGGCUAGCCCCACCCUAGUUUGUCCCACUGGCUCUGUCCUGGACUGUAGCCCCCCCUCCAUUUUGGACCUGUGUCUGUUUUCUUUUGUUGGACUACUCUCUUUUGUUUUUGUUUGUUCAGGUUGGGAUGCCUGGAAGUCGUCCCAUGGAGAGGGGGUGACACUCUGGUCAGGACUCUGUCACCUGUUUUUCUUUUUUUGUGUUUUGAUUUUCUUGUCUAGCACAUAGCUUUUGUUUAUUUCUUGUCACCAUAUGCUCUGUCUUGUUUCUGGACCCCGUCCCCUCAUUUGUCUCAUUAUUGAUUAAUCUGUUUCAUCUGUUCUCCUUGUUUGCCCUUCUGAUUUUCUCCCUGUAUAUUUUGUCUGUUGCCUAUUGUGGUUGUCAGUUCCAUUCGUCAGUACUCUUGUGGUUGCUUCCUUGUCGUGGUGUUCGUUCUUGUCUGUUUGUAUUCCUGCAGUUCCUAGGACAUUCCUGUUUUGAGCCCAGACCUCAAGGCUCUCCUUCUCCAGCCAAGCCAGUCGGUUUGUUUAUUCUUCCCUGGACUGGGAUGUUUUCCCUUAUGGGGUUGUUUUUGUUGUAAAUAAUGCCCAUUCUAUUUAACUCUGCACUUGAAUCCUCACCUCUCUCUACGCACCCUGAGUAUUUUGAUAGUCUUGACAAAUUCACCAAGUUUGGGUCCUGUAAUAAAAACUAAAAUGUAUUUAAAAAUUAUCUACCUCUCCCAGGUCAAAAAUUACCUGAACGCAAUAGGAGGGUUAAAUGAAUGUUUCGGGUUCAGUAUCCACCAUAUUUGUCAGCGAAACUAGGGCGCCACCAUAAUUGACCUUGAAUUAGGACCACUUCCAGUAUAAGCCACUUCCAGCUAUUAUGCAAGUACAUGUGAACGGAGGUUUAUAUGGAGACAAGAAAGACUGCAUCAUCAUGAUCUCGGUUAAGAAAGAAGCAGAUUUUAUUACUGCCUAUUCAAUACUACAACACACUGCAAAAAGUUAAUUAUUUACUUACUCUUUUACUAUAAAUGCUGACGUUAGAAAAUUAUCGGCACAUAAUUCUACUGCACAUCCUGUGGUUGUGUGAUCACAGAAUCACACCAUAUCACAGAAUUCUGGCUUUAUUGUCCUUCUAGUUAUUUACAUAGCGGCUAAUGACAGCGGAACUUUGUCACAUUCACUGGAAAUGCAGCCGCUGCUUACUUCAGUGUUGCAAAAUAAGGUGGAUAAGUUAAGCUCAGUCAAUGGCAUUUAUUGCAAUAAUGUUGAUUGCCACACACAAAAAACAAAAUUGUCUCAUCCCUCGUUUAUUUAAAAAAAAAGAAGCAAAAAUCGCACUUACAAUGAAAGAGAAUGGGACCAGUCUAUACAAAUUUAAAUAAACAUUGUUUCAAUAGUAUAGCAACAAGACAUAAACAUUGUUCAUGUUAACAUACAUUUUGUGUAAUAAAAUCAGGGAUUUACUAGCAUCACAGGGUUUACCAGAUUGCAGGGUUUAUCGCCAUUAUGUCACCAUGACAACAAAGUUAUGAUAUUGGAUAUAACUUUACACUGAUAAGGUUAGUAAGCUAUUUUGUCACACUUAAACCAUGUUAACACCAAUAUGGACUGCCCCUUACACUUCAAUUUACUGUAACUGCGUUGCGGGGUGAUUAGCAUUUUCCCGUUUCAUUUUAAUACCUGUAUUCAUGCUAACUGAGGUUGAAGACACUAUGAUCCAUUACCAUUGAGUGAGCAGAAUGAGUCAUUUGUCUCAGUCUUGAUGUGCUUCAAGGUCUACAAAGUCUUUUUUUUUUUGGACUGUUCUUCUUUCAAAAAAUAUCCUAGUCGUUUUAUAGUUAGAUACAAAAAUAACCCAUUGCAAGUAAAUCUUAAUUUUCCCUCAUUCUCAUUCCUCUAUUUUUAAGGUUGCUGUGGUCCAUGUUCUAAUAUAAGCAGAAUUAGUCAUUCUGAUCUUAAACUUGAUGAUCUAUCAAGCUUUUUUUUACUUCAUCAAAAGCAUCUUAGUACUUUAAUAGUUGGAAACAAAAAUAACCCACCAUUCCAAACCUUUCAAAGUUGUUGAAUAAUGCAUAAUAGUAUGAGAGUUUACACAUUGAAUAUUGUCGCCCAGUGUGAUAUAAAAUAUUUAUAGUUGACUUUUUAUCUAGAUUAUGAAUCACUUAACAGCCACCUGCAUUUCAUUUCCUUUUCAAUUUUUUUUUAUCAUGCACUAGUGCCUGUCUUGAAAAUUUAACAUACUGAAGUCUAAGUGACAUGUAAAUAAACAAGGCUAAAUUUCAGUUGUUAAAAAAAUUGUAUAUAUAAAGUGUUAAUGCUGCCAUACAGGCCUACUGUAUAUGUAUUUUUGGAUUGUGUUUGUGUCAAUUUAUAACUGUUCUCUCAACUCUUCAAUGUGUGUAUAAAUACAGUUUACUGGGGAACUGCCCCAGUAUAUGUUCUUGUUAUAAAAGCAUGCUGUUGCUAUUUUCAUCAAAAUGACACAGGGUGUUUCUCUUACUCUUAAAUUGUAUUUCCCCUUCUGUUACUCACUCGAAGUUGUGGCGAUGUAGUGACACUAGGGGUCUCUCUCGAGAGCCUCGAUUACCUCUUAUUUUUGAGAAAAGGCCAAUGAGAAUUGGUGAACAGAAUUUGCAUGCACCUCCCGGACAUACGGGUAUAAAAGGAGGGCAGCGUGCAUCUGUUCACUGAGAUUUUUUUCUUCGGAGCCGAGCGGUUGUGUUUCAGCGAGCUGAGGAAAACCCACUGCUGUUCCACUCACCUUUAAAAGAGCAUACGCUGUUGGAGAUACGGCACAUUUAGGCAGUUUUUCUCUUCUAUACCCCUGGGCGUUUCGACAGCCCUCUAAAAAGAGUAUGAUGCCCUUCCGUCUUUGUGUCAUUCCUGGAUGCGGUUGUUACCUCCCCACUUCUGAUGGCCGCGGGCGCUGCCUCACGUGUUUUAAAUAAAAUAAUUCAAAAAGUUAUUAUUGCCUUUUGAGGGAUUUUGUUGACGUUCUAAAUGUUUAUUUCACUUAUAUCUGUGCAUUAUUGUGAGCAGUGGGUGAAUUAUUAUUAAAAUAUUUAUAAAUAUACAGUAUUUAUUAUUAUAAUAAUUACUAU